AUGCCGCGAGAACGCAGCCUGUCGCACCGAGGUUCACCGCGCAACCAGGAUCUUGAAUCGCAGGCGUCCUAUCGGCGCCGGUGCCUAACGCCCUUCACCACGCUUGCCAGGAGUCCCCACGAUGAGAUCCUCCGUGUCUUGCGAGAUAUGGACCGCCAGCGCGCCGAAGACCGAACCGCCGCCGUGAAGCUCAAUCCCGAUUUGCUGCAGAACGCCGCCGCCCACUCCAUCACCGAAACGACCUGA